UUCGUAUCUCCCAUGUCCAAUAUCACAGUCAUGAACAAAGCUCCGACGCCGGUUCCCGAUGGCGACUAUGAACCUGAAGACCAGUCGCCGUCGCCGUCAGAAUAUUUCACCGACGUUUCUUCACUUUCGUCCUUAACCAAUGAUUCUGCAAGACCUAGCCCAAUAUCAAGUCCGUGUGUUAUCUCUUCUCCUCCACCAACUCUCUUCAAUAUUUCUUUCAAUCAGGACUCCACUUGCUUUACCGCUGGAACUGAUCGUGGAUUCAUUGUAUUUACUUGCACUCCUUUCAGCGAGAUGUUUCGCCGGGAAUUUGGUGGUAAUGACGGCGGAAUUGAUACCGUACAAAUGCUGUUUCAGUGUAAUAUAAUGGCUUUGAUCGGUAGAGGUUUGGACCCACAUUAUCCUCCUAACAAGGUAAUGAUUUGGGACGAUCAUAAGGGUCGGUGUACUGGAGAUUUAUCGUUUAGGUCUGAUGUGAAGUCGGUUAGGCUAAGGAGGGAUCGGGUUGUGGUGGUUUUUAAGCAGAAGAUUUUAGUUUAUAAUUUUGUGAAAAUGGAAUUGUUGCAUCAAAUUGAGACAUGUGCUAAUCCUAAGGCACUAUGUGAAAUUACCCACAUGUCUGAGUUUAUGGUAUUGGUAUGUCCUGGUCUGCAGAAAGGGCAGAUCAGGGUUGAACAUUAUGGCACGAAGACGACUAGGUUUUUUACAGCUCAUGACUCGAGUUUAGCAUGCAUUGCCCUUACAAAUGAUGGGAAGCUUCUGGCAACAGCUAGUAGCAAAGGGACAUUGGUUCGGGUCUUCAAUGUUUUGGAUGGUUCUUUACUUAAAGAGCUGAGAAGAGGUGUGGAUAGAACAGAAAUCUUUAGUAUGGCAUUUUCUUUAGGUGCUAAGUGGCUAGCUGUUUCAAGUGACAAAGGAACUGUCCAUGUCUUCAGUCUGAAAGUUAACUCGGGAUUAACCGAGGAGAUCGAAGACAGAAGAACACCUAGUAGUUCAUCUCAAGAUGGCAAAUCGCGUUCCAUUUUAUCCCUAUCCUACAUUAAAGGUAUGCUGCCCAAUUAUUUCAGCUCGGAAUGGUCAGUGUCCCGAUUUUACUUGCAGGAAGGUUUACGACACAUAGUUGCCUUUGGCCGUGAAUUGGAUACAGUUAUCAUUAUUGGGAUGGAUGGGAGCUUCUAUCGAUGCCGGUUUGAUCCAGUAGCUGGUGGAGAUAUGAGGCCAUUGGAAUGUGUCAAUUUCUUGAAACCAAAAGAUGCAUUUUGAAGCUUGGUGGUGAAAGUUUUUUUUAUUCCUCUUUUUUCUUUUAAAUAGUUUUUUUAUUUGCAAGAUUAGAAAAUGUGAAGAAUAUUUUUAUUAUUAUUAGCUGCAUAUAAAGAUUAGAAGAGUUUUUCUUUUAAAUGAUGUAUAUUACCUACUAUAUUCUUCAACAUUACUGAUUAUAUUUAUUUUAAAUAUUCAAGACCUAUUUAUUGAA